AUGGACAUUUCAAGUGACGUGUGGAAUCAGGUUGCCCUCGAAGCAUCGCAGCUGUAUUUUACCGAGGAUGGCAAGAGCCCCUUCGCCAAUACGUCUAUUGAAAAACUUCCGGAUAAGGUAAUUUUACACAUCUUCUCCUACCUGAGUCAUCUUGAGAUAUGUCGCAUGGCUAUGGUCUGUCGUCGUUGGCGUACGAUCGCCUACGACACCAAGCUGUGGAAAAACGUGUCACUGCGCCCGGAAGUAUCCGGAUUGCACGUCGGUUCGUUGGAUUCUCUGCUCCAUAUGGUUUCCGUCCGCUUCGGAGCUUCAUUGCGUUACAUCGAACUGCCGAUUGAGUUGAUCACUCACACCGUACUGCACGAACUAUCCAGCAAGUGUCCCAAUCUGACGCACAUGCUACUGGACUUUUCAACUGCUAUGCAGCUUCACGACUUUAGCGAGAUGCAAGCGUUCCCAGCAAAACUGCGUUACAUGUGUAUCUGUCUGUCGGAGGUCAUCUUUAUGGAGGGUUUCAUGCGUAAAAUCUACAAUUUCAUCAAUGGUCUGGAAGUACUUCACUUGAUCGGUACCUACGAAAAGUGCGAAGAAGAGGAAGAGGAAAUCUACGAGGUCAUCAACGUUCAUAAGCUAAAGUCCGCUACGCCAAAUCUGCGUGUCAUCAACUUGUACGGUAUUAACUUCAUCGAUGACUCGCAUAUCGAUGCGUUCAGUUCAAACUGCAUCCAGCUGGAGUGUCUAGCCGUCAAUUAUUGCAACAAAGUCGUCGGAUCAACUCUUAAGGCUCUAUUGGCUCGUUCCAAACAACUCAAAUGUUUGCUAAUGAAUGGCACCAAUCUAAAAUCCGAGUUCGUCAUGCAAGCCGAAUGGGACAAGUGUUCGGUUCAGGAGCUGGAUAUCUCCGGUACCGAUUUGAGUAGCGAAAGUUUGAUCGAUAUUUUGACCCGCAUUCCUUCACUACGAUUUCUCAGUGCUGGUCAAAUUAAUGGAUUCAACGACACCGUACUGAAGACCUGGGCCGAAGGUGGCAACCCUAAAAGCUUAAUCGCACUUGAUCUAGACUCGUCAGACAAUAUUUCCGAUGAAGCUCUGGGACGUUUCAUCACUCGCUACGGUGGCCAACUGCAGGCAUGCGUACUGUCCGGAAUGACCCAUAUCACCGACGCUCUGUGGAUGACCAUUCUGCCUACGUUGGCCAAUGUGAAAAUCGUCGUGAUGGGUACCACCGAACGGUUGAUUGGCAACGUUCACGUUGAUCAACUGAUGGAUACAAUCGGAUCGUCCUGUCCGAAACUGGAACGGCUGGAGCUACGCUGGGAUCCGGAGAAUCUCCGCUUUUCGGACAAGAGCCAAAAGGCAAUCGAUUUACUACGUGUCAAGUGCCCGAAACUGCGCUGCAUGGUGCUGAGUGAUGGUCGAUACUACGAAACCGUGAAGGCAAAUUUCGAACGUGCCGACCGAACCACAGUGGUGCGAACCACAACCAGCUGCCGCGUUUCGGCUUAUCAUGUGCUUAGCAACUAUAAUGAUUUGAUUUUCAAUUGA